GCCUAAUAAAAUAAGUGUGGGAUGAUCCCUGAAGAAGUCUAAUAUCACAGACGGUUCAAGCACUCAAUCCCCACAAGACUUGCAACAAUUCCCACAUGUGAUGUCUCAUUUAUCUCAUUCUUGGGUGGAGGAAUCUAUAUAUGUGCAUGCGCAGAGAAGGGAGAACCCACAUCAGUUGGGAGCCACAGUUGCCUAUCUUGAGCCUCUGGUCAUGGCUCUCAAGCAGUCCCUCCUCCUCCUCCUGCUGCCUCUUCUGGUCCUCCUCCCCUCCAGCCAUGCUGGUCUGACGGUCGGAUUUUACGACCAGACGUGCCCGGUUGCGGAGAGCAUCGUCAAGUUGAGCGUUGCAAGCACUGUGAUCAGAAACCCGGGCAUCGCGGCCGGCCUGAUCCGGAUGCAUUUCCAUGACUGCUUUGUGAGGGGUUGCGAUGGAUCGGUGCUCAUUGACUCCACGCCCAACAACAGCGCAGAGAAGAGCUCGAUUCCAAACCUAAGCCUCCGUGGGUUCGAGGUGAUUGACCGGGCCAAGUCGCUGCUGGAGCUCAUUUGCCCGAACACGGUCUCGUGCGCCGACAUCCUCGCCUUUGCGGCCCGCGACAGCGCCGCGCUGGUUGGGAACAUCAACUACCAGGUGCCGUCGGGCAGGCGCGAUGGGCGCGUCUCCAUCGAGAACGAGGCGCUAGCGAACCUGCCCCCGCCGUUCUUCAACUUGACCCAGCUCAUCGACAGCUUUGCUAGAAAAAACCUGACCCAAGAGGACAUGGUGACCCUGUCCGGGGCGCACUCCAUCGGGGCGGCCCACUGUGCUGCCUUUACCAACAGGCUCUACAACUUCAGCAGCACCAGCGCGGUGGACCCCACGCUUGACCCCACGUACGCGACGUUCCUGCAAGGCCAGUGCCCUCCCAACAGCAACUUCACGGACCCAAAGGUGCUGCCCAUGGACACCAUCACCCCCGUCGUCCUGGACAACAUGUACUACGUGGGCCUGCUCCGGAACCUCGGUCUCUUCACCUCUGACCAGGCGCUGCUGACCUCCAGCGCCUCCAAACAGAUGGUUGUGGACAAUGUGAAUAACCCAUCCGGGUGGGCAACAAAGUUCGCAAAGUCGAUGGUGAAGAUGGGGAACAUCGAAGUGCUGACAGGAACUCAAGGGGAGAUCAGACAGAACUGUCAUGUCAUCAAUCCCACUGCUGCCGAUCUCUUAAUUUCUCAAGUUGCCAGCAGCUAGAGAGAUAUGAAGAUGGGAGACCUCUUGGUCAUGCCCAUCA